UCCUCCGGCAACCGCCACGUACGCCGUGCGCAAAUCAAAGAGCAGCCAUCAUUUGGAGUCGGAUUCGGAGACGGAGUUCUAGUUGCAGUGUUGGACUGGGAAGUCGACUAGGGUUAGAAACGGAAUGUCAGUGUGUUCCAAAAGCAUCAAAUAUCCUCGCGAAAAAAAAGAGAAAACAUUUAUCCAUAAAAAUAGGUGUCCCCCCUGCCUCUCUCUUUGAUCUCUCAAUUUCACCUCGUUUCCUCUCAAUCGCCUCCAAUUUCUCCCCAAUUCUCUCAAAACCCAAUUCCCCAAUCCCCUCACUUAGGGCUCCCCCGCCCCCGAUUCAAUCCACCUCCCGCCGCCGCCAACCGCAGGUAGAGGCGAAAUCGAGUUGAAUUUUUUUCGGAGUGGGCGAUCGGUGAGUUGAGGAGGUAGGGAGUUGAGAUACUGAUGUUAAGCCCCGGGAGUAAUGUAAGACGGGGUAAUGCAGCACAGUCAUCAGCGAUGCCUCCCUUGCCGCAGUGUUUGCCGUUGGAGCCGAUUAUGUUAGGGAAUCAGAAGUGCACGCGGUCGGGGGAGCUGAGGCGAGUUCUUGGAUUCCCGCUUGGGAGUGCGUCGGAGGACCAUUCUUUUGGAGCUUCGAAUCCUAAGCCUACGCCUUCCGUGGCGACGGAGGAGCUGAAGAGCUUUAAAGAAAGCGUGCAAGAUGCCUCCAGGAAGUCCAGGGACAGAGCAAAAAUGCUGCGGGAAUCCAUAUUCAAAUUGGAUAAGUUUAGAGAUGCUUUGACCUCAAAGAAGCGACAACGGAGUGAUCUUUCAUCAAGUGAGAGGUCGAAUGGAGUAGGUUUAGUGAAACUGGGAAGUCAAAUACCUAAAAAUCCUCAUGGAGUUAUGACUCAAAGACUAGAAGACAGAUCCAAGGGUGCUGGCCUUAGUAAACGCGUUCGUACAUCAGUGGCUGAUGUGCAGGGAGAAGCUAGGUCAGCUGCCACCUCAAGGCAGAAGGUGGUCACAGACAAGGACGAAAACAUGCUUCAUGCUGUUGGUGGGGCUUCUGUUCGGAUUGAAGAAAAGACCCAUGGAUUGCCUUCUGGAGGUGAAGGGUUAGAUCAAAAAACAAAAAAGAAACGGUCUGUGGGAUCAGUGAGCAAUAGGGUUAUGGGUAAUGAACAGGAUGUAACAAGAGCUACUCACCCAAAACUGAAUGGUGAUUCUAAGUUACGAUCUUGUGAUUCUAAUAUUUUCAGCAGAUUAAAAUCCUCUCCUGGAGUUAGCGGAAACAACAAGUCCGACGGGUCUGUAGAAUCUAUGACUUUUAGUACCUCUACAGUACUCAAGAACGGGCUGGAAAGUGCUGCUAUGAAAGACCGUUCAACUGUAUUAGAGCAGAAGGUUGUCUUGAAAGCAAACCAUAGGAUAAAAGUACAAGAGGAUAACUCCACAGGCAGUCCUAGUACUGUGAUAAAGGGAAAGGUCUCCAGGGCACCACGAACAGGUUCCAGCAUGAGUGUAGACUCACCUACUGUUCCUCCUUUAUGUGGAGUUCUUCAGGCCUGGGAGCAGCAUACUAGUCAAAACAAAAUCCAAGCAGCAAGUGGGAUUAAUAAUCAGAAGCACACAAUGCCUAACGGUUCUUCUAUAGCUAUGGCCCAGUGGGUUGGUCAGAGAACACAUAAAACCUCCCGCGCAAGGAGGACAAAUCUAGUCUCUCCUGUAUCAAACAAUGGCGAGGCACAGAUUUGCAAUCAAGGCGUUGCAACUUCUGAUUUCCAUGCUAGAACUUCCUCUGUUGGGACUGGUGGAGCACAACUUGCCAGCAGUUUAGAUAAUCAUACCCCCAAAUUUAAAAAGGAACUUCAGAAUCCUUCGUCUCCUUAUGGGUUGUCUGGAAGUGAAGAACUGGGAGCUGGUGAAAACAAGUGGAGAGAUAAGGGGACAAACAACAGUGACAUUGCCAUAGCCACAGAGCAAAAGGCUGGGGCAUAUUUAUCACCCAUGAAGAGGAGUAAAUUACCAAAUAAUGAAUCAGGAGAUGGUGUGCGAAGACAAGGAAGAAGUGGAAGGGGUCCGACUACAUUGUUGACCAGGCCUGGCAUUCCUCCAAUGAGGGUGAAAUCAGAGAACAUACCAACCAAAAAGCAUCUUGAAGACAUGAAGCCUGUGACUGAUAACAAUAAAAGUAAAAUAGGCCGGCUACCUCCAAAAAAGCAGAAAGAUCGCAAAGCCUUAACUCGUGUUCAGUCAAUAAGUUCAUCAGAUAUUACAGGUGAAUCUGAUGAUGAUCAUGAAGAACUGUAUUUGGCUGCCAAUUCAGCUCGUGAUGCUAAUAGUCUUGCAUGCUCUGGUCCAUUUUGGAAAAAAAUGGAAUCCAUUUUUGGUUCUCUAACCUCAGAGGACAUAUCCUACCUGAAGCGGCAGCUAAGUCUUGCUGAGGAGCUUGAUGAGAGUUUGUCUUGGAUUCUUGGUGAUGAAAAAAAUGUUACGGGUGCUAUUAGGCAUAGAGAAGUGCCUAAUUGUUCAGGGGAAAGACAAGGGAACAAUUUUAAUCAAGACUCUUCGAAGACUGAAUCUUUAUGUGAUAAAUUUGGCAUCAGAAGGUUGGAUAAAGUUACUCCACUAUACCAAAGAGUUCUUUCUGCUUUGAUUCAAGAAGAUGAAAGUGAAGAACUGUACAACCUCAGGGAAGGCAAAAGUAUGCACCUACAGUGUGCAAGUGAUGAUUCUCAUUGUGGUUCAUGUAACCAGAGCGAUGUUGGACCCAAAGAUUGGGACAGAAUGGAAUCAGAAGUUGAGUCGAAAGUGGACAUUCAGAAUCAGAAAAGUUGUUUGUUGGACAGAGUUUCUUUUGAUCUAAGUGGUGGAACUAAUACAUUCAGGAAUAGAAAUCGGGAACAGUGGCACGGAGAUGACGAAUUUUCUCAUUCUGAUGCGGCUCAUACCUAUGAAAUAUAUCCUGGUCAAUUACAACAUAGGGAUGCAAGUACUCCUAGCUAUCCAUCUGAUUUCCAAUAUCAGUCUAUGUGCCUGGAUGAUAAGCUUCUUCUGGAAUUGCAGAGUAUUGGGUUAUAUCCAGAGACACCGCCGGAUCUAACAAGUGGAGAAGAAGUUAUUAAUCAAGAUAUAAUGGAACUCGAGCAAGGACUACAUCAACAGAUUGGGCGGAAGAAGAAAAGCUUAGCAAAAAUUGAUAAAACCAUUCAAAAAGAAGCAUCUGCAGAAAAACGGAGAAUUGAACUAGUUGCAAUGGACCAGCUUAUUGCAAUGGCUUACAGAAAACGAAUGGCAUGCCGUGGGUAUAAUGGUUCAAAAAGCGCUGUCCGCAAGGUUUUGAAACACGUUGCAAUGGCUUUUCUCAAACGCACACUUGCUCAUUGUCGGAAAUUUGAAGAGAGGGGCAUAAGUUGCUUUAAUGAUCCCGCUCUGCAGAAUGUCUUCUUCUCUUUGCCAACAGGCAACAAUCUUGGAAAAUCUGUUGACUGUGUUGGCUCCGGGACUGCUAGUAAUACGUGCAAUGAAGUUCAUCAAACCGAAGUCAGAGGAUCAGUUUCCAGCGGGUUGGGCAGAUAUGAUUCCCACAGUGAUAAUGUUUACAAGGGUUCAUCAGAGGCUCUACACGUUAUCGUUGACUCAUCUGCAGAAGAUUCUUCCAAACAGGGAUCCAUACAGACCUUGAAUAAGGACAAGGGCAAGAAGAGGGAAGUGCUGCUUAGUGAUAUUCUUGGGAGUGCUUCCUCAAGGAUAACUUCAACCGUUGACUCCAAUGAAAUAAAAGAAAAGAGAAGCGAGAGAGAAAAAGACCAGAGUAGAGAUAAUUUGAGAACCAGUGCUCAGGGUGGAGCCGGUGAACGCAAAAUGACAGGGAUGCCCCAGCAGAACAGCAAUAACUUAUCAAGUCACCCAGUGCCUAAUUCGAGUAAUAGAAGAGGGAGAGUAGGGCCACCAUUACCUGGUCAUACUCCUGUACAUUCAUCUAAAGAGCCAGAGGAACCCAUCGAUUAUGCAAAUUUGCAACUAGAUGAAUUUAAUACGAUGGAGGAGUUAGGCCCUUCUCUUGAAAUCAAUGAAAAUCAAGAUCUUGGUUCAUGGCUGAACUUUGAUGACGAUGGACUGCAAGACCAUGACUGCAUUGGUCUUGAAAUACCAAUGGAUGAUCUCACAGGCUUGAGUAUGCUUAUCUAAGAUGGUACUAUCUACCACCCCAUUGCCUGUGGUUGCAGACAAGGAUGUAACUUUCAUAUCAGGCUCGGUGCACACUGAUGAUCUAAUUUGGUUGCUGCAUGUGUCGAAAGUGAUUAGUCUCCACUGCUUGUCAAGAUUUCUGGUCAUGCAGUAGCUUCUGCUGUAGACAAGGAGUCGAUAGUGUAAUUGCUAGAAUUGUAACUGCAAUUGAAGACAGUAUUUGUUACUUGACCAGAGAUGGUCCAAGCUUGAAUUCUGGAGCAUACCCAAGGUUUUAAACAUCUCCGCAAUUGCUGAAACUCUUGUAAUUGUUCAAUGCACCAAUAUUUACCAAACUCCCAGAAUUUGUGUAAGUUUGUUUACAAAAGUAACAUAUAAUCGAAAUUAUUUU